AUGGUUAGUGGAAAGGGAAUUGAGUCGAAUCUGGAGAAGGUAGAAGCCAUAUUAAGAAUGCCCAAACCGACUUGUGUGAGAGAUGUACAGAGACUCACAGGAAGGGUAGUGGCACUUAACAUAUUCAUGUCAAAAUCAGCAGAGAGCUGCUUACCAUUCUUCAGGAAGCUAAGGAAAGUCACAAACUUUGAAUGGACUGAGGACUGCCAACAAGCUUUCAGAAACCUUAAGCAGUAUCUUAGUUCACCGCACGUGCUUAGUAGUCUCAUAGCAGGGGAAGAGCUCCUCAUCUACUUAGCAGCGUCAGAACAAGCCAUAAGCACCGUAUUGGUAAGGGAAGAAGAAGGGGAGCAAAAACCAGUAUUUUACGUCAGUAAGGUGCUCAGAGAUGCCAAAGUCAAAUACUUAAACAUAGAAAAGUUGGCAUACGCCCUUUUACUCACAGUGAGGAAGUUUAGGGUAUACCUGGAAAGCCAUCAAGGGGUGGUACUGACAGAUCAGCCCUUGAAGAAGAUCCUCCACAAACUAGAAACGUCGGGAUGGAUGCUAACCUGGUCUAUUGAAAUCAGUCCCUACUACCCAGAGUACCGACCUCGGACGGCCAUCAAAGCCCAAGCCCUGGCUGACUUCAUAGCAGAAUGUUCCUUCAACGAAGAACGAACGAAGCUCAGUGAAAAACCAGCAAAGGCAAUGGAGAUAGAACAUAAUGAACAACUCUCACGGAAGUUCAGCUGGAGUCUGUUCGUGGAUGGGGCAUCCAGUAUUGAAGGCAACGGUGCUGGAGUAAUGCUGAAAGGACCGGGAGGGUUCAAAGUCUGUUAUGCCUUAUGGCUGGAGUUCAAUGCUACUAACAAUGUGGCAGAUUAUGAAGCCCUAAUAAAUGGAAUGCUAAUAGCAAUGGAAGUAGGGGCAACCGACCUCGAAAUAAACAGUGACUCCCAGCUAGUGAUCAACCAAGUAAUAGGGACAUAUCAAGCAAGGGACCUUACUAUGCAGAAAUACUUAGCGAAGGUAAAAGCCAUUGAAGCAGAGCUCGGUGAGCAAGGAAUCAUUGUAAAGUAUCAGAGAAUACCUCGAGAAGAAAAUGAGGAGGCAGACCUGCUCAGCCGAUUAUCUGAAGAAGAAUUGGAACAGCUCCCACACGAGGUUGAGGAAGGACAAAGUUGGAUGACCCCGUAUCUGAAAUAUUUAGAGAAAGAAAAGCUCCCAGAAGAUAAAGCCAAAGCAAAGAAAAUAGCAGUUCGAGCUGCCAAUUAUCAAGCAAUAAGAGGCACCCUGUACAAGAGGGGGAAAUCUAGCCCGUGGAUCCGAUGUGUAGGACCAGAAGAGGCAGCCAGGAUUAUUGAAGAGAUUCAUCAGGGAAUAUGCGGGGCUCAUGAAGGAGCAGGCAUAUUGUGGCCAGAAGCUGAGACAGUCCCCACCAUCAGAGCAAGGAAAAUGAUAGACUGGAGCAACAUUAUCUGCAGAUUCGGGGUACCAAGGGUGCUUAUAUCGGACAACAGCAAACAAUUAAACUUCAAGACCUUUAAGGAGUUCACGAGAAACAUGGGCAUUUGGCACAAGUUCUCCUUGGUGGCCCAUCCUCAAACCAACGGCCAGAUAGAGGUUACAAACCGAGCUAUUCUCCAGGGAUUGAAAAAGCGGCUGGACGGAGCAAAUAGGAAUUGGACAGAUGAACUCAAUAGCAUCUUGUCGGCAUUACGAACCACUCCUCGGACGCCAACAAAGGAGACACCUUUUACAUUAGCAUUCGGCACUAAAGCCUUGGUCCCCGUCGAGUUACAAGUCCCCACUCACCGAGUCCAGUUUAAUAGCAAAGACACCAAUAAUGAUAAGUUGAGGAGUAACUUAGACACCCUAGAAGAAAUCAGAGAAGAAGCCCAACUCCGCACUGCCGCUUACCAGCAUACAACCAAAGAGUCAGAGAGAGGAGCUUGA